UAAGGGGACGUUCCGAGUAUUCCAGGUCCAUUCCCCAACCGAGAUCCAGGGAGCCUUCAAGUCCAAGGUAUCCAAGGCAAGUGGAACAGUGGGCGUCGUCGGUUGUCACCUCAAAUCACCAUAUCAGUUUCGCUUAACUCGCAAUCUUUGGUCGAAUUCCCUUCAAAGAUCCUUUUGUUACCGAGGAAUGAACUCUCCGGGAACCUUGUUGGGCCAAAAUGGUUUGCUUAAGAUCUCAUUCCUGGGUUCUAUCAUCUUGGCUUUGGCCUUGAGCUCAGUGAAUGCUUCGCCACUCUCAACAUUGGCACAACAACAUGGAGUGGGUCCUCAUCAAGGUGGCUUGAUCGAAGACCCUGGACAAGACUACGACGUUCAUAUGGAAGGGAAACGUAACCCGGAAAUGAACACGGACGGAUUUUAUGGCGACACCUUUAGCAAUGGUUUUGGCGAUUUCUACACGGCCAAGCGACUCAUGUCCGAGCCUCGGACCAAGAACGCGGCUCGAUACAUCUUCCACAAGCGGAUCCCCAUCCACAAACGCAUUCCCAUUCAUAAGCGAAUUCCCAUCCAUAAACGCAUGGACUCAGGAGGAUUUGGAGACUUUUACACCAUGAAGAAGAGAUACCCUGAGCAUCAAUCCAUGGAGGAUAUCUUGGAAAGGUUGGAGGUCCUACAUCAGCUUCAAGAGCAAUAAAUAUUCAGCAUGCAAAAAGACAUAGAACAAUAGAGGUUGAGCCCUGACCACAUACUAGAAAGCAUUGGAUGGAAUUUGCAUUGAUUUUAAAGACUACGACAACAUGUCUAAAAGUUAACUUGUCAAGCAAUCUUGAUCAUAGUUUGAAAUCGAAAUACAAUCACUUAUUUCCUGGA